UUUUAAGUUUGGCGCCAAAUCACCAUAACAUUUGUACCACGUGCGGGAAGCGGUGGGUCUUGCAUUUUCUCUUACUCUUUGGCAAAUUCUACUUUUCAUGUGUGGUGGAGGACGAAGCGAGGGACCCGGGAAGAUGAUGUCGCGGAGAUCUCGGGCGCCUGCCAGGGCAUCAGUGGCCAAUGCAGUGCCAGCCAAGCCAGGUCGAGGCCGGGGUCGGAAGCGCACCCAAACAGAAAUUCCAGCAACAGAGCCCAAGAAAGUAAAACUUCAGCUUGAGGUGCCACAGGUGGACAGUGGUGUGGUCCUCACAGUGGGCAUGGGGGAUGUGGGCCAGCUGGGUCUUGGUCCAGAUGUUGAGGAGAAGACACGGCCAGCUGUGGUGGAUCUCCCAGAGGGCAUUGUUGCCAUAGCUGCUGGCGGUCUUCACACAGUGUGCCUGGACAAGAAUGGAAAGGUACACACGUGGGGCUGCAAUGAUGAAGGUGCACUGGGCCGCAACACUACCUGUGAAGAGGACUGCUUCAUCAGUGGUGUAGUGGAGUUGGAUGCCAAAGUGGUACAGAUUUCUGCUGGGGACUGCCAUUCAGCAGCACUCACAGAGACUGGCGAUGUGUACAUAUGGGGCUGUUUCAGGGACAACAAUGGACCACUUGGUCUGGUGACAGAAGGAAGUGGGAGCAGGACCCCUCAACAGGUGCUGGCAGGUACACCAGUCAUUAAGGUGUCUUCAGGAAACAACCAUCUAGCCCUGCUGUCCCAGGAUGGCCAGGUGUUCACUUGUGGUUGUGGAGAGAUUGGGCAGCUGGGAAGGAUUGCUGAGGUAUUUGCCUCUAGGAGCUCAAGGAACAGGAAUGGAAUACAGGCACUGCUUGACCCCCAGCCCAUCAAAGUGUAUUAUAGACGCAAGGCUGUUUUGUUUGAUGAGGUCUGGGCCGGAGGGUUGGGGACCUUUGUACGUGCCAAGGCCACUGGUGACAUCUAUGGCUUUGGGCUCAACAACUACAACCAAAUGGGGGAUGAUGACACCAACCAAAAGUUCCAGCCAGUGCGACUCAAGAACUUUGCUGGGAAGACUUGGAAGCAACUCUCAAUAGGACAGCAUCACAGUUUGGGAGUGACAGAAGACGGAGUUGCUCACUGCAUGGGGCGGCGGGAAUAUGGACGACUUGGUUUGGGUGAGCUGAAGGAGGACAUGAAGAAACCAACACCCAUCACUUCACUGGAGGAACACAAGGCCAAGAGUGUGUCUGCUGGGGAGUGCGUCUCACUGGUGGUGGUAGAGGGAGGCCAGGUGUUUGGAUUUGGCAUGGGCACCAAUAACCAGCUGGCCCAGGGUGAUGAUGAAGACCAGCUGGUGCCAGUGCCUCUGGGAGGGAAACAGUUGGCUGAGCGGAAUGUGGUCACAGCGCAAGCAGGUGGCCAACACACAGUCAUCCUUGCUGUCCCAAAGUGACCCCUGGGACACUAGGGAAAGAAAUCAAUUAAUACUGUGACAUUGUAUGGUUGCCCUUCCCUUUCACCUGGCAUCACCUUGCUCAAGUGUCUUAAUACCCUUCUAUUGAUUUCCACUUCAUCACUUAAGCAGCCAGAUGUUACUUUGCAUAAUAAUUACUCUUCCUUCCUCCUCCCAUCACUUCAUACUCAACAGUUGUGUAUGUGGGAAUGUCUGAUGCAUUGUUGCUGGAUAAUUUCAGUGUGCAUGUGUUGCAAGGGGUGGUGUGGACAUUUGGUUACAGGUGAGGCCAGAGUUGGGGAUUUCAGGUGAUUCAGUCAUUAGUAGUUUUAAUUUCCAUUUUUGUUUUACUUGAGUGAAAACUAAAUCUCAUUGUUAGCUUUAGUUGAUUUCAUGUUCCGUUUUUAUUAAGACAAAAUGUAAACUUUGUUGUUAGUUUAACUUAUUGUGUAGGAAACUUGGGUGUGUCAUGAUAUGAUGUUUGCUUCCAAAGCUUAAGUUAAACUGCACAUGAGCUCAAUUUCAUUGCAUACUUAAUACGUGAAAGCAAGCUGUGUCUACUAUGUUCCAUGUUUUUUACAAGUUUUGUCAAGACUGAAAAUUUUAAACUUAAAUUCAUGAUAGAGUACAAUAUUUCUGUGAUGUAAUGUACUUUGUAGGAGGAUAUUACAAACAGAAGGUUUGCCCUUGUAAUUUAUCAAUUGAUAAAGAUAUUUUCAUUUUUCUUUUUAUUAUUAUCAAAAAUAAAAUGUUGGGUGGUGGAAUUAAUAAAAGUGGGAAGUCUACAGAUAAUGAGGAUUACCAUACUGUGGAAAGAGAGUGUAGGGCUAGUGUUAAAGACAUUGAUGUACAGUGGCCACAAAAAAAUAAACUAACUGUAAAAAACACAGCAUGCCCAUAUACUUAAGCUUUGAUGUUUGAUUUAUAGCCAUGAGAGGUUUAUAAAGUGGUAAAUUUUCACGUGUGAUAACUCACAUGCCCGAUGAUGCUAUGCUCAGUUUUUUAAUUGGUAACAGUAACUGUCAAGCAAGGGAUGGAGGGAGAUAUCUCUCCCCACACUCGCUGUCUGUUACUGCCUGUUUCUGCCUCACAGCGACCUUCUCAUUUCAUCGCUUAUAUUUAAUUUUCCUUACAUUACAAAGAGUCCUGGCAAUCUUAACAAUGAAGAAAUGUUGUGAUGAUGGCAUUUGUUUGAGAGGCUCUCAGUAAUUGUGAGACUAGAAGAUAAGAUGAGAAGCAGCUGUCAUAUGGGUAGUGAAGGCUGCACUAGCAACUGAAAGUUUUAACUCUGUCACCUUGCAGCUCACAAGCCUCUUCUGACCUAGAGAAUGAGGAGUGACUCAGUUUUUGCAAAGCAUACAUCCUAUCAACUUCACUCUUGUAUUAGUCUUCUCCAAGAGCCUUUCUUUCUCUUGGGAGUGACAGCUAUUCCCAGUGCUGGUGAAACUUUUGCCAUCUGUGUGAAUGCUGACUCUGAUCUUAACUUCCUUUCAAGCUCAAAAUUACUUAGUCCCUCACAAAGAAACACCAUCACAUCUUUUUUUUGUUAAGCUUGCCCAAACCCAUUAUUAUUCAAGGCGAAUUAAGUGUGAGCAAUAAAAUGAGAGGCGGAAGAGCACGUGAGAGGCAUCUACCCCUUUGUGCCUGACAGUUACUGUUAUUGAUUUAAAACUGAGCAUACCAUCAUCAGCUGCCAUACAUGACAAUUUAUCACUUUUUGAUACUUCCCAUGGCUGUAAAUUGAACAUCAAAGCUUUGGUCUAUGGGCAUGUUAUGAUGUUUAGAGUUCGUCAAUUCUUUUGCAGCCAUUGUACAACAUGAAAUUUGUUAAACUGGGAGUAUAAAACCACAUAAAUGAAGACUGCAUAAACUGUGGCAUUAGACUUGUGUAAUAUGGCGAAUAGGAAAUGCUUUGAAAAUUAUAUAAAUAGCCCACUAUUACAGACUAAGGUUUUUAGCCAAAAACAUCAUUAGCUGUGGCACUGAAAUGGUCACAGUUCCCUGUAAUGAAGAACAUGAGUCACACCAUGCAUGAAUAUAAUUCAUUCUUACUGUAAUGGAGCAGUCUGGUGAAACUCAGCUGCAGUGUUUUUACUUAUUGAUCUGCUAUGAAUCUAGCUCAUGAAAAACCAAGUUUUGUAUCCUCUAAGUAAGGAGCAGUCUUGGCACAGCUCUAGAAUGACAAAGUACAAUCUGCAGCAUACUUCUCCAGGUAGGUAGAUAUGAUUGGAUUUUGACUUCCAUAUCAAGCUCUUACAUGCAGUUAAUAAACAUGAGGCUACUCAGGAUGUGACGACAAUUCUGGUUAUGAGGAGCCUCCUUAUAAGCAAAUUGAGAGUAAUGUGAUGCAGCAGUGUGGCUGAUGAGAGUGCACAAGCAAGCCAACCUGAGCAGUGUUGCUGUUUCUGGUACAAAUGUAUCAGUUUAGGUACUUUAAGGUGUACUAAAUACAAAUGGUAUGGUGUUCAUUAGAUUUAGGACUAAAUAAGGAACUUGCUUGUGUGUUCAUUUCAAAAUUUUCAGAAAUAUGAUGCACAGUAUAUUAUAUUUGUCAUGUACUUGUUACUGUUCAAUAAAAUACUGAUUCCUA